AUGUGCCAUGGCCGUGCUCGACGUCAACUGUUCUCACGUAUUACAAAAUUACUGCAUAAUUCUAAACGUUAUUCAACUCUUCCCGCAAUGUUUAAGACAGUGGACUCUUCAGUAUGUACAAAUGCUCUGAAAGGUCUAUACUUUCCACGUUCACCGGAUCCAGAUAAAAGGUGGCGUCCAUCGAACAAUGCUAAAAUAAUCUGCCGUCAACCAGCCUAUUUAGAUUAUGAAAGUCCACAAGAAGCUUUACUUCCUCAUACGAUUCGUAUACUACUGACUCGACUGAGAAGUUGGUUGCACCAGUUACCACCACCUGGAGUUAUUAUGCAUGGUUCAAAACAAUCAACAACAAAUUCAAAUAAAUCACAGUCGAACAAUUUUAAUUUAAUGCAAGGAAGUAAUGUAGUCAAUGAAUUACGUAAAUGGUGGAAAUUCACUUGCAAUACAGUUGAAAACCGUGAUCAGUUAGAAAAGAUUGUUGCUGAUGCUACUUUUAUUAAAAGAUUGAAUGAUAUUAUGCAAACAAAGCUCAAUAUUGAAGUGGAAAAACACAGACAACAAUAUGAAUACAAUAGAAAUUUAACUAAUUCAUGUACAUUUGAAAGUCACCCAAAACUUACUAAAGUCCUUGUGGAUGAACUUCUUUCAAGAAUAGGAGCUCAAUUUUAUCAUCCACGCUCUGGACAAUUCAGUUAUCGAAGUACUCAGCGCAUCAUGGAUGGUAUCGACAUAGCCUUACCAUAUUCUCUUUCUGGAAUACAAGUAUUCAAUCGGUUGAUUCAUGACGGUGAAUAG